AUGGCUCCGUCGAAAGGUGAUCGUGCAUCCAAUGUUCCUUCGUUAUCAACGCGAAUGACGACUCAUCAACCAACGAUGGGCCUUAUGGAUGCUAUUAAUCUGCUCCUAGCGUGCAUCAUUGGCUCAGGUAUAUUUAUCAGCGCAAAAGCUGUACUAGAAGCAUCGGGCUCUUACGGUUUGUCAAUUGUGGUUUGGAUCAGUUGCGGUUUACUCUGUAUCAUGGGAGCAUUGUGUUAUGCUGAAUUAGGUUGUGCAUAUGUUUCAUCAGGUGGUGACUACACGUAUCUUCGUGUAGCAUUUGGUGAUUUCAUUGGUUUUCUUCGUGUUUGGGUCGAAGUUGUCUUAUCACGACCGAUGAUUGUGGUUUUAAGUGUCCUAACCGCAUCGAAUUAUCUUGUUUAUUGGUUCUUUUCAACGUGUACACCACCUGACGUCCUAGUUAAAUGCUUAGCUUCAUUUCUCCUACUGAUUGUUGGCUUUAUUAAUUUAACAUCAGCAAAUUGGACAAAACAUCUUCACCAAAUAUGUAACUAUUUCAAAAUCGGUUCUCUUCUAAUUGUCGUACUUGCUGGUAUUUAUCGAAUGUAUCUCGGUCGCGUGGAGAACUUCUCCGAACCAUUCGAAGGUUCAACUUACGGAAAGAUUACCAGUGCACUCUACGCCGGCCUCUUCCCUUAUUCUGGAUGGAAUUAUUUAAAUAAUGCAAUUGAUGAUCUAAAAGAUCCUAAACGAAUUUUACCACGUUCCAUUGUCAUAUCAUUAUUAUUGUGCAUAUUUAUUUACUUUCUAACAUUCAGCUCUUAUUUUACUGCUCUGUCUGCAUACGAGAUUCUCAUGUCGGAUGCAACAGCUGUUACUUUUGCCGAACGUGUUUUUCAACCAUUAUUAUAUAUCAUACCUAUUGGUGUGACUCUAUCUUGCGUCGGCGCUGCUUCGGGAAAUAUUUUCACCAUUGGACAGAUGUUUAACGUGGCCGGUCGAGAUGGUCUCAUGCCACAUAUUUUCUCUAUGAAACACUAUAAAUCCAAUGUACCUAUGAUUGCCAUCCUCUGCGAAAUCAUUCUCAGUUUUGUUUUUCUCUUCUUCAUGUCCAAUAUUGGAAGUUUGAUUAUCUGUGUUGGUAUGAUCAAUUGGAUAUGUAUCCUAAUGGCUGCUGUCGCUUUGAUUGUUCUCCGUUAUAAACAUCCUGAUCGGGAACGUCCAUUGAAAGUGCCAUUACCCAUUCCAAUUAUAUUCAUCACAAUUUUAGUCGUUUUAAUUGUUGCAAGCGCAUUGACUGAUCGUCAGAAUAUCACUACAUCUAUAAUGUUAUUAACAACAGCUGUACCCGCGUAUAUUUUCGGUGUUAUGUGGAAAAACAAACCUAAAGAAUUCAAUCGUAAAUACAAUGCAUUUGCGUUGAUGUUACAAAAGGUGUUUCAUGUCGUACAUGAUGAGCACACCGAUUAA